UUUUGGCUCAUUAAUAUUUUACAUUUAUUUAUAGCGAAAGCAACGUGUAAUUAGAAAAUAUAUGUAGAACGAGCGUGUUCGGUAUCUGUACCAUUUUAUUUUUAGGGGCGACAUUUCAUCGCCAGUUUUCGGUAAUAAUACAAACUUAUGAAGUUAGCAGCUAGUUAACAUUGUGCGUCCGUAGUGGAAGUGUCUUUUUAAUCAUUUAAAUUCGUUUUUCUUGCAGCACGGUAAGAAUUGCAGUGUUCCAAAGGCCAACUCGUUGACGAAGAGUACGAAUGUUAUGCUGCAGAUGAUAUAUUCCAUUCGCAUCACCUUUUCCUGCUUGAUCAGGAUGUAUAAGAUGCAGCACAGUGAGAUGCAGAAAUCGAACACAUUGGGAAUUACCGGGAAUAACCUGAAUUUAUGGAAAUCUUCAUAAUUUUAUAUGAGUUUUUGGUGACAUUUAAAUAAUGGCAACAAAGGCUGAAACAAAACUUCGUAAACGAAAAGUACUUGAAAAUGUUGCGGAUUCGUUAUUCAUGAGAGGUACCUAUGUUUGGGCGAAAUUUAAUAGUUCCUAUUGGCCAGGCAUUAUUAUAAACCACAAAGAUGUACAAUUUAAUGAAAAGAGAGACCACUGUAUAAUAUUUUGGUUUGGUGACCAUAGAAUUUCACAUGUUAGCCAAAAUGGUAUUGUACAUUUUGCAAUCAACUUUUCUAAGCAUUACAAAUCAAAAAAGUCUCCACUUUGGCAAAAGGCAGUUGAAGAGUGCAUAACACACUAUGGAUAUCCAUUUACUGCUGGCAUGGGUUUUAAUUCUUUAAUUGCAUUUGCAAGAAGUAAUGGAAUGCUGAAUAUUGAUCAUACCUCAAAUACUGAAGAUUUGCCUGAAUUUGUUAAAAUUUCAAUUCAUUCCAGAGAAUUAUUGAGAAAACAACAACUUGAUAGAUCAAAAAAACUAAGAAAAAUUCAAUAUUAUCUUCCACAUGCUAUAGAAAAAACUUGUGUAGCAUGUUUAUCUGAUCUAACUGAAAAUGGAGUUGCACAUCCACUCUUUGAAGCUAAGAUUUGUGUACAAUGUGCAAAAAAGUUGCAGGAAGUACUUUAUUGUGUUAAAGAUGGACAUUAUGAAUAUUGUUUUGUUUGUGGUAAUGCUAAAAAGUUUCAAUGUAAGAAUCCUGCAUGUGAAGCUGCUUUCUGCAACUUUUGCAUUAAAACUUACUGGUCAUUCACAAUGGUAACUAGUGUGCCUUUUUGUGUUCUUUGUACAAAUAUGGUGCAGGGUUUACUACACGUUUCUGAAGAACAUACGCUGAAGUCAGCCAUCUUUAUUACAACCAAUGAAACUGAUCUAUUGCCCAAUGAAAUAGUUUUAAAUAAGUUUCCAAAGAUGAAUGCACGCUCUCAAAGUGAUAUAAAGGUUCUAACAUUGUUUUAUGGAUCAUCAAUGAGCAUUGAAGCUGUUUUUCCGUUUCCUUUCAAUAUUUUACUAGCUAUAAAGUGUAAUGGUUUAUAUGAAAACUGCGACGCGCUAUCAUACAAUCGAAUCAAUUUGUAUGAAGUAAAAAAACAGAUGAAUAAAUAUCUGAAUAACACUGCCGUGAGGCUGGUUAGUGUGACGACGAACACUCCAAUUAAAAAGAAGAUUGUGCACAUGCACAUUGAAGAUGUUACACGUAUGAAAUGCAAAGAGAUUGGACAUAUUUCACUUAUUAUUGGUGGAACGAAUAUUUUGAAGAACAAAUUGCGACAUUUUCGGCGAAAUUACUUUGUUGAUCUUUUCAUGGAGUUCUGGAGAAUUAUAAACCUUUUUAAAGAAGAAGUAGAUACAAAAAUAUUAUGGUUGUAUGAAAUGCCUUGCACAAUGGAUGUGGAAGAAAUUAAUUUUAUCACACAGUACCUUGAUGUUAAACCUAAAAUUAUUACCUUCAGAAAGAUGUAUUGUUAUGUUUGGACCAACAUUACCGCAUAAAGCAAUGUUUUUUUGCAUAUUUUAUGCGACCAGCAUUUAAACAUUUAAUAAAUACAAGUUUUAAUAUCUA